AUGUCAAACCGUUUAUUAACUUCUCGUUUAUCGUCAUUGAUAAUUUCUGUUAAACAUUCAAUGACUAAAAUUGAAUCUGAUUUUGAUUUGGGCAUGAAAAUGAAAUCGUUAAAUGAUAAUAAACAAUUUAAUAAAUCACUUGAAUUAUUUGAUACGUACAAGAAAAAUAAUGUUAAAUCAUUAUCGAAUUUAACCAUUAGUCAAGCUUUAAAAGCAUGUAUUCAUUUAGAUGAUGUUCAACGUGGUAGAAAUAUUCAUCAUCUUCUUUCAUCUCGUAUAAAUAAUGAUUCUUAUAUAUUAAUAUCAUUAAUUCACUUCUAUAUCAAUUGUGAUCAUAUAAAAGAUGCUCGUUUAUUAUUUGACACAUUAACAAAAAAAUCUGUGUCAAUCUAUGAAGCAAUGAUGAAAGGUUAUAUUAAAAAUAAUGAAGCAAAGAAAGCGAUUGAUCUCUUCAAUGAAAUAAAAGAUCCUGAUGAAGUUAUUAUUAUUCUUCUAUUUAAUGCUUGUGCUCAAUUAGCAAAUGCAGAAGGAUUAAAUUUAAUAGAAAAAGUUUCAAAACAAAUUCCUGAAUCUUUCAUGUCAAAUCCUCGACUUUCAACUUCUUUAUUAGAUGCUAAGAAGAAAUGUAAUGAUAUCAAAUUUACCCAAUUAUUAUUUUCGAAAUCAAAAAAUAAAUCAGUAUCAAUAUAUGAAACAAUGAUGAAUGAAUUUAAUGAAAAUGAGAAAUUUUCCAAAACGUUUGAUUUAUUUUCUGAAAUGAAAAUGAAUAAUAUUGAAGGAACUGUUAGAAUUUAUACUUAUGUUAUUCAAGCUUUAUCUCAAAGUGCUGAUUAUUCAUUUUCAAAACUAAUUAUUGAACAAAUUCCCAAAUCGAUUCUUAUUGAUGAUCAAAUAUCCAAUGCAUUAAUUCAUUUAGUUGGAUAUGUUGAUAAAGCCGAAGAAAUUUUCAGAAGAUUUUCUCAACCAGAUCAAAUUGUAUAUGCAUCAAUGAUUAAUUGUUAUGGUUACAAUGGAAUGGGUACUAAAGCAAUUGAACUUUAUUAUAAAAUUCCAUCAAAACUAAUCAAUGAAUCAAUAAAUAUUUGUAUUUUAAAUGCAUGUUCAUCUCCAGGACUUAUGUCUGAAGCUCGUUCAAUCUUUGAAAGUAUUCAAACAAAAACAGAAAGAAUUUAUACAACAAUGAUCGAGUGUCUUUGUCGAACAUCUUUAUUUGAUGAAGCAAAACAAUUAAUUGAUCAAUUUGAACUUUCUCAUUCACCUCAAUCACCUAUGUACCUAGCAUUAUUAUCAAAUGCAAUGAUUAAAAAGAAUAAGCCUUUAUCAAAAGAAAUUGGUGAAAAAAUGAAAAAACUUUUCCCUGAAAUAGAAAAUCCAUCAAUAUCAGUAUCAAUUCUUUUUGAUGGUGUUGAUGAAUUAUCUACUAAAAUUAAUAAAGCAUCCGAUAUUAUAAUGGAAUUGAAUCAAUCAGGUCUGAAGAAAACAGUUGGCCACACAACGACUGUUGUCAAUGGACAAAUCUAUAAAUUUCGAGCUCAUGAUCGAUCUCAUCCACGAUCAAAAGAAAUCUAUGAUGAAAUCAAUAAAAUUUCUAAAGAACUUAUCAAGCAUGGUCACAAAUAUGAUCCAAGUUGUAUAUCAAGACUAUUGAACGAAGGUGAAACUAUUGAAUCAGUAUUUAAUGGACAUAGUGAAAAACUUGCAAUUGCAUGGAAUUUUAUUUCAAAUCCAAAUACAACAAGAAUUCAAUUAACAAAUGAUCUUCGUAUUUGUAGUGAUUGUCAUCGUGCAAUAAAAUUAAUAGCUUCAAUUCGUCAAUGUGAAAUAAUUAUUCGUGAUGCAAAUCGAAUUCAUCAUUUCUAUAAAAAUGGACAAUGUUCAUAACUUUUUCCAAAAUUCCAGAAUCCAUCAACAUCAGCAUCAGUUCUUCUUGGCAAUGUUUAUCAAUCAUGUGGUGAAUUCGACAAAGCAUUUUAUAUUAAAAAAAAAUUGAUUCAAUCAGGUAAGAAGAAAAUUGGUCUUUUAAAAACUGUUGUCAAUAGGCAAGCCUAUGAAUUCCGAGCUCAUGAUGAAUCUCAUCCACGAUCAAAAGAAAUCUAUGAUGAAAUCAAUAAAAUUUCUAAAGAACUUAUCAAGCAUGGUCACAAAUAUGAUCCACGUUAUCGAGCAACAAAAUUAAUUGCUUUAAUUCGUCGACGUGAUAUUAUUGUUCAUGAUGCAAAUCGAAUUCAUCAUUUCUAUAAAAAUGGACAAUGUUCAUGUAAAGACUAUUUUUAA